CAACCUAAAUACGUCUCCAAAGAGCAGUAACUCAUCUCACCAUCGUAGUUCAGCAGUGGCUUCAAGACACCACCAGAUUGCGAGCUGAAGCUGUUUUAUUGCUAAUACAUACAACAGUCUAUUGUUUAGUGGAAAGUAGCGAGUACUAGCAUUCCACCAGACCUCUUUGCUAAAUAGCAACAUCAAAUACCACACAUAUAUUUAGCGUGUUUCACAUAUACGAUCACGUUCCAACCUCAGUAGCAGCUCUACAGCAGCAUUCUAUUACUCAACAUUAUUGCCAAUGACCAAUACUAACGAAGGUCAAGUCUAUGCCGGGUGUCGUCAAUACUACUGGCAAAGAGCAUGCAUCGCAAACCGGUGCGACAAUCGACCAGUAUGGUGAUAGUCUGAAUAUCAUCCCUGUUGGCACGCCAACCCGCGACGAGCUCGAGCUCAAGUACUACUACGCUGUGCAGGCUUCGAUCAACAAGGGCUUGCCAUUUGGCUCAAGCCAUCUCCCAAUCGAGCACUUCAUGUCGGUUGUGGACUACCAGGGUAUUCUCCAGGGAUUCAUUGCCGGACUGAUCAAAGCCAGGCGGAUUCUGGAGAUCGGCACAUUCAUUGGCAUCUCUGCAAUCUUCCACGCCAAUGCACUGAAGCGCAAUGGUGUCAAGGGCGGUGCUGAUGAGACUGGGCAUAAGCCCAUCGUAUCUUUCGAGAUCAGCGAAGAAUAUGCAGCCAAGGCCCGUGCUAACAUCAUCGAGGCAGGCGUCGACGAGUAUAUCGAUAUUAUUGUUGGCGACGCGAACAAGCUCCUGGCGCAGCUCGAAGGAGUCACUUUUGAUAUUGCGUUUCUCGAUGCCGACAAGAUCUCGUACAAAGGAUACUACGAAACCAUCAUGGACAAGGGCUUGGUCAAUAAGGACGGACUGAUCAUUGUGGACAACACUGCCUUUGAGAGUGUUGUUGCAUACAUUGAUGCGCCGGAAUGGGCGGUUGCACUGCACGAGUUCAACGAACAUAUUCGCAACGGACCCACGCGUUGAAGUCGUUAUGAUCCCUCUGUUUACUGGGAUAACUCUAGGUUCGCUUCAUCAACUAAAUAGCUGUCCAUAUUCUAUUCAAACGCGCACUUUCAAUCGCACUCAAU